GAUGUUUCCGCUGUUUUUGUUCAUAAACACUUUGAGCGCUGUAGUAAAAGAAACCAUUGUCCGGCGAUAAUUUAAUAAUAAGCAAGUAAACAUCGGCUCAUGCAAACAAAGCUUCCAAGGAAAUGUCCCGUGUGUACAAGCUUUGGUGGAAUGUCAUCCCGGACAUCGUUUCCGGAUCCGGGUCCCGGACCCACUCAGAGGUGGUGGCUUCAUUUGGAAGACUUUUAAUUAGUUUUUGGCGUGAUACUUUAAAUUGGAAAGCAAGCAAUUUCAUGGGACAAGCGUGGCCCAGCGGAAUUCUACAUAGAACUUUCGUUCGAGGUGGCCGCCCUGACCUUGGCCAUGCUGCUGUGGGCCAAUGAGUUCCUUUUGUUGGUCAGCCUGGUGAUCAUCAUGUAGUUGCGCUGUCUGAUCAACGAGAUCCAAAGCAAGUUCAAGAAGCACCGUAGCAGAAUUCUGACAAGUGUGCCGUAUGAUGGGAGAAGAUGGAAAUCACCCGGAAGCUGCCCUGUUCGCAUUUGUUUUAUAACUCAUGCCUUCAAUCUUGGUUGGAACAGGACACCAGUUGUCCGACGUGUCGGCUCGGAUUAAGCGUUAACAAUGCCAAUGUGGCCAAUGUUUUGCAGAAUGAAAUGGACCAGGACGAUCGGCAAACAAUCACUUCAUUCUUUAAUGGCUCUUGUUACGUGGUUGCCAAAUUUCUCGGUGGAGGUGACUCACAUUAAUUCUGUCCCAAUUUCCACUCUCUACGCUCAUUGCCGAUCUGAGCAUAUCGAGUUCGAAGAUCUGGUAGACGAAGACAUCUCUCCAACGGCGACCACCGCAAGUUCCAGCGCUUUUUCAUCUCCGAAUGUGCCCGAUGACCUCUUUGUCGAUGCCAUGGAUAACAACUUCCAUCCAGCAUCCUCGUCAGCAGCAUGCGCCAUCAUCAUCAUCGGCGGCUUCCACGCCCAGCUCCGACGGUUCCUCCGCGCCGCCGCAUAUGAUUGUUACUGGUCAUGGCUACCUAGCAGAAGUAUUAUCAACGAUAGUCAUAUUAGUAACAGUAGUAGUACCAGCAGUAGCAGUAGUAAUAGUAAUCACUUACCAGCUUUUUCGGUAACUUCGAUAAUCUGCUGCGGGAGGACAGCAUGGAACCGGCCGGGGAGCGGUUUUCCAAAAGCUGAGAAGAGCGGGAACGGAUUCUGUAGAGGAGAAAAUCGAUGCUGUUGCACGUUAUGAGGAGAAGAUUAUUCCGGAGAGCGAAAAAAGUUGCUAUAAUCCUGAGCGAGAUGGAUUCAGCUUUGCAAAAGUUUGCGGAAAAGGGUCGCAAGUCGUGCCCCCAGAAGCAGUCGGCAGAAGAACUUUUGCGACACGAGGUGGCCGCCCUGGUCGUUGACUUUGGUCAUCAUCUGCACAUGCUGCUGUGGGCCAAUGUGUUCCUUUCGUUGGCCAGCCUUGUGAUCAUCAUGCAGUUGCGCUGUCUGAUCAACGAGAUCCAAAGGAAGUUCAAGCACCGAAACUAACUGUGGGUGCUAAAUCACAUGGAAAAGAGCUGUCCCCUAGCGACAGCCAAAGAUCUGAAGCAGAAUUCUGACAACUGUGCCAUAUGCUGGGAGAAGAUGGAAACCGCCCGGAAGCUGCCUUGUUCGCAUUUGUGUCAAAAGUAAGUUGGGCUCAUGCCUUCAAUCUUGGUUGAAACGUGACACUAUAGUUUUCUAACGUGUCGGCUCGGAUUUAGCGUUAACAAUUCCAAUGUGGCCAAUAUUUUGCGAAUGAAAUCCGCAAUUUCCUGCCGGGUCCUCGGGAAACGGCUGCUGAAAACCAUACCUACCAGGUCAGGGACAUGGCCCGGCACCCAGGAGAUGUUCCCCCGAUGGAUUACAACUUCCAGCCAGCAUCCUCGUCAGCAGCAUUCGCCAUCAUCAUCAUCAUCUUCAUCGGCGGCUUCUACGCCCAACUCCGACAGUUCCUCCGCGCCGCCGGCUAUGAUUGUCACCGGUCAUGGCUACAGCCCUAGCAGUUGUAAUAGUAGUGGCUACGAAGUCGAACGAAAUACCAGCAUUUUCGGUAACAUCGACAAUCUGCUGCGAGAGAACAGCAUGGAACCGGCCGGGGAGCGGUUUUCCAAGAGCUCCGAAGAGCGGGAACGGACUCCAGCGGAGGAAAUCGAUGCUGCUGCACGUCAUGACAAGGAGCUUACUUCCGGAGAGCAAAAAAGUUGCGAGAUGGAUAAAGCUUUGCAAAAGUUUGCGGAAAAGGGUCGUAACUCGUGCCCCCAGAAGCAGUUAGCAGAGGAAUUUUUGCGACACUACCGCGACUUGCAUUGUGCAUCGCUGCUCUCCAAGAACGAGAAACGAAUUAUCCGGAAGGCCCGGUAUGUCAUCUAAGUGCUUGCUUUUGAUAUUCCUAUCCUACAAUUGUGGAGUCCAAAAAGUGAAGAAAUCUGGCUGGAGCACACCAACGAUGUGACCAAGCAGUUGGUUGGAUUUUGUAAGCAGGGUUCGUUUCGGUGUUGCCAGGCAAGCAGCAUCUAGCUUUCGCGUGUGGAAAACAUUCGAUUAUUGCUCAAAUUCAAAGUUUAACGCGAUGGCAAAAUUUAAAACACAGCGAAGAUUUGAUCUAUCAGGUAAUCGUAAGCUUUUAAUACAAAAAUUAAUAGUAAUUGAACUUUAUUUUUUUCUUUUAUCAAGUUCGCCAAUUUUGUUCCGACACAAAUUGGAAGAAACAAAAAUAUUGAGCUCUGUUCAGC